UUGAACAUUCUCUGGCUUCUCCUCCGUUCACAAUUACAAAUCUGCUCAGAGCUGCCCGUCUCGCGCGGCGACCUCUUCUCCUCGCGGAACACCUGCGUCUUGCUCCUCUUUAAUUAUUCGGAAAGUGUUUUAAUGCAAGGACAUAUUUUUUUUGUGAAAGGAACCCACUGCCGUGAGCAUGAACUCGACUAGAAAUUACAAACCAAGCAUGGUCGUUCUGAUCCUGGCCGUAUUUGCUGGUAUUGGGAUGGCACGAGGGCAAGGAUCCUUAACAGACGGGAGGUUAGCAGUCACCCAAAGAGGAGGUCAGCUGGAAGCAGAGGAUGGGUCCAACCCAUAUCACACCACCCAGGACACAGACAGAGAAUUACCCUUGUUCACCACGGCUCCCCCUUACAGUGGCCUCGACCACCAUCCGCCUUUUAAGCCCUACCCGCCUUAUGACCCACGUGACCAAAGCCACGGCCAGUAUUUUCAGGACAGCGGAGGGGCAGCGCACCAUCCCACAAUGCCAUCUUCCAAUUCCCAUCUCCUCCAGGACCCAUCUACACAGUUGGUCCCACAUGAAGAAGCACCGCCUUUUUCUGAUGUAGCGGCUCCCAGAAGCACCACAAUGGCUCCAUCGGUUGCUGCCCUCACCCAACCACAUGUGCCCAAAAUUCAACACAAACCUUUAGUAGAAGCGCAGAGAAGAAGCACAGAAGAUCCAUCCAUUUCAUUGAGCACCACUGAUGCGCACACAUCUGCACUCCCUGUUUCCAAACACUUAGAUAGAGAAGACGUCACUCCAGCUUUAAACAGCAAGCCACAGGAUGUGACUGUAGAGGGAAAGCCCUCUGUUGAACGUGAUGACUCUCCAGGAAGUGAUGUUGAUGUAAAAGCAUCAUCAUUAGUUGCUGGGGAUUCGGAUGAUGAGACUACCACCUCCACCAUCAUCACCACAACGGUCAUUACCACCAUGCAGACGCCAGCUCCGUGUAGCACCAAUUUCACAUCGCCGGGAGGCUACAUAGAGACACCACAGCAGGCCAGGAGCUGGUACAAUGCCAAUGUGGACUGCACAUACACCGUGACCGUCUACAUGGGCUAUGGGGUGGAAAUCCAGGUAAUGAACGUGAGCCUGUCUGAGGGCGACGUGGUCAUAUUCGAAGACCUGGGUAGCCGAGAACCCUCAGUCCUGGCCAACGAGUCCAUCCUACUGAAAGGCCUGGUGGUGCGCAGCUGGAGCAACCAAAUCUCCAUCCACUUCCGCAGCCGUAAACCGCAGUCCAGCUCCUUACUCCUGCGCUAUCAAGCUUUUGUGUUGAGUUGCAACUUCCCUGAUAGACCAGCAUAUGGGGAUGUGUCAGUCAGCAGCCUGCAUGCGGAAGGAGAGGCCUAUUUCUAUUGCUUUAAUGGAUAUCAGAUCCAGGGUCCAUCCACACUGACGUGCCGCAACGCCACAAUACCAUACUGGAGUGGCAAAGUGCCACGCUGUCUUGUGGCCUGCGGUGGAAUGGUGAAGAAUGCUACUCUCGGCCGCAUUGUGUCUCCUGGUUUUCCUGGCAACUACAGCAACAACCUAACCUGCCACUGGGUGCUGCAGGCCCCUGAGGGCCACCGGCUGCAUGUGCACUUCGAGAAGGUGGCACUCGCUGAAGACGACGACAGGUUUCUGAUCAAAAACGGCAACCAUAUUGACUCACCCAUUGUGUAUGACUCGUACGAGGUGGAAUACCUUCCCAAUGAGGGAGUCGCUAGUUCCUCCAGACAUCUCUUUGUGGAGUUCACCACGGACGGUUUCGGCACCAACACAGGAAUGGCCAUCAGAUAUGAAGCUUUUGCAGCUGGUCAUUGCUACGAGCCAUUCGUCAAGUACGGCAACUUCACCACCACUGACAGCGCCUAUGCUGUGGGCACGGUUGUGGAGUUCACCUGUGACCCCGGAUACACUCUGGAGCAGGGCUCUGUUAUCAUCGAGUGCAUGGACCCCAGCAACCCUCAGUGGAACGAGACUGAGCCCACCUGCAGAGCUGUUUGCAGUGGUGAGAUCACAGAUUCAGCUGGGAUGGUUUUGUCUCCAAACUGGCCUGAGGCCUAUGAUAAGGGUCAGGACUGCAUCUGGGGCAUCCAUGUUGAGGAAGACAAGAGGAUCAUGCUGGACAUCCAAGUUCUCCACAUGGGGAAGAAUGACCUGCUGACUUUCUAUGAUGGAGAUGACCUGACUGCAAAGAUACUGGGCCAAUACAGCGGCUCACGGCCUCGGUUCAAGCUAUACACCUCUAUGGCUGAUGUCACCAUCCAGUUCCAGUCAGAUCCUGCUACCAACAUCUAUGGCUACAACAACGGCUUUGUGGUGCACUUUUUUGAGGUUCCUCGUAACGACACAUGUCCAGAGCUUCCUGAGAUCUCAAACGGCUGGAAGACCACAUCCCACCCUGACCUGGUGCACGGCACAGUCGUCACUUAUCAGUGUUACCCCGGCUUCGAGGUGGUGGGCACUGAAAUGUUGAUGUGCCAAUGGGAUCUGACCUGGAGCGGAGACCUGCCCAGCUGUGAAAGAGUGCUGUCUUGUCCAGACCCGGGCACAGUAGAGCACAGUCGCAGGGUGAUGUCGGGGCCGCGUCUCAUCGUAGGCUCCACUGUCCAGUACAUCUGUAACAAAGGCUACUCGCUGUCAGGAAACAGCCUCCUCUCCUGCUACCACAGAGACUCAACCGGCCCCAAGUGGAGUGAGAAACUGCCCAAAUGCAUCCCGGAUUCGUUUGAGCCGUGCAGGAACCCUGGCACUCCGGCCUACACCAUCCAGAGCUCUGAGAAGCACGUGUAUCAGGCUGGAGAGACUGUGCGCUUCUCCUGCAUGAAUGGGUACGAGCUCCAGGGCGAACCUGUUCUCCGUUGUGUCCCCGGGCAUCCUUCCAAAUGGAGUCAUCCACCACCGCUGUGCAAAGCGGUAACACUGGAGUACGUUGAUGAACGCCGACUGGAUGUGGCAAGUGCAGACUUCAGUAUGGAGGGGGCCAGUGUGGCUGUGUCCAUUUUCAUCCCUGUGGCCGUAAUCAUAAUCAUCAUCUUGUCAAUAUAUUUCUACUUUUCAAGGGUGCAGGGAAAGUCUCUCCGGAUGUCCAUGUCCACGUCGCCACAGUACGAUCACAUCAGAGGAGAGUCUGCUUUCGAAAACCCUAUUUACGAGACCACGAUCUCAUAA